UCCCUGCACGGCUUGAUUUUAUUUUUAUUAAUUUGCAACCUCAUUGCUUUAAAAUACAUAAAAAUGAGGAGAUGGAAGAUUGUGUUUUGCUGGUUUCUGUGCUUCACUUUAACGCCAACCUGUUGGUGUGCUCGUGCAAAAUAUGCUAAGAAGCUCCUGACUGACCUGAUGUCAAACUACACGAAGGCACUCAUACCUGUGGAUGACACAAACACCAUCCUCAACGUGACCCUGCAGGUCACACUCUCACAGAUCAUCGACAUGGUAACACACAAGUCAUUCACAUUCAAAUUACAUCUUUCAUUUAAUUACAUUUUUAUUUUGUUUUAUUUUUUGCAGGAUGAACGAAACCAAAUCUUGACUGCAUAUUUAUGGAUUCGGCAAGUUUGGUUUGACGCUCAACUCAAGUGGAACACAGAGGAUUACGAUGGGCUCGAUACCAUCCGUAUACCUGGCAGUUACCUGUGGAGACCUGAUAUUGUACUGUAUAACAGUGCAGAUGAUCGCUUCACCGGCCCAAUGGACACCAACGUGGUAAUCCGACAUGACGGUCAGAUGAUGUGGGAUUCUCCAUAUAUCACCAAGAGUUCGUGCAAAGUGGACGUAUCGUUCUUUCCAUUUGACGCCCAGCAGUGCAGAUUUACCUACGGCUCCUGGACCUACAACGGUAACCAGCUGGACAUCCAGAACGCCAUGGAGAGUGCUGACCUGGCUGACUUGGUGGAGAACGUGGAGUGGGAGGUGCUUGGCAUGCCGGCGAAGAAGAACAUAGUUCAGUAUGGGUGCUGUGCUGACCCAUACCCAGAUGUGACCUACACUUUAAAACUAAAGCGAAGGGCUUCCUUUUACGUUUUCAACCUUCUGAUUCCGUGUGUAAUGAUUUCCUUUCUGGCUCCACUGGGCUUCUACCUACCAGCUGACUCUGGGGAGAAGGUAUCUCUGGGUGUCACCGUAAUGCUGGCACUCACCGUCUUUCAGCUGCUGGUUGCAGAGAUUAUGCCACCUUCAGAGAAUGUGCCACUAAUUGGGAAAUACUACAUUGCCACAAUGACCAUGAUCACAGCCUCCACAGCUCUGACCAUCUUCAUCAUGAACAUUCACCACUGUGGACCCGAUGCCAAGCCUGUUCCCAAAUGGGCCAAAAAGGUUAUUUUGCAGUACAUGGCCAGGGUGUGCUUUGUGUAUGAAGUCGGUGAGAACUGCAUGAUGUCACAGCCAGAGAAGCACGAGGCUCCAUGUGCGAAGAGCAGCUCCAUGAAUGGACAGGUGGGGUCAGGCAUGGACGAGUGUGUUUCCAAAGCAGACAGAAGCCAGGAGACGGAAGCUUCCAUCACCACUGAACAAAAAGAAGAUCUGGAUCAGUUAACCGGGCUAUCAAGCUCAGUGAGGAAGAACCCAACCAACAACUGCACUUGGCAGAGUGGCCUCUUCACCAGUCUGGACUGUGGAGAUUCGGGUUCUCACAGGAGAUGCAGAAAAGGGGGAGUGAGUGAUGAAGGGAAAAAAGAUGGAGAUUUGUUCUGCAGGGGACACAGCGACGAGCAUCUGCUGCUGCUGCGUGAUAUUGAGUACAUUGCCAACUACUACAGAGACCAGAGGGCCACGCAGAAAAGGACGGGGGAAUGGAAAAAAGUGGCCAAAGUGUUGGAUCGUUUCUUCAUGUGGAUGUUUUUUAUUUUAGUAUUUUUUAUGAGCCUUCUCAUCAUGGGAAAAGCCAUCUAAACUGUGUUAUAAGAAGUGAUUAUUAGAAUUUUCUAUUGAUAAAUAACAAUUUUGUUUAUCUCUAAAGACCCACUCUGAUUAUCUUUUGAUCUGAUGUAAAAGUGUUCUCAGUGGUUUUUAAUUACAAUUAUGUCGUUUUAGCCA